CGUGACCCUGACAAGGAUAAGUGGAAGAGAAUGGAUGGGUGGAUAGCAUUACCUUUGAAAGAAUAAAAUAAUAUACAGUUAAAAUGAAUAGGCCUACUGUACCCAAGACUAGGUAGGCUUGCAAACCUUUAGCAGGACUGAUAUUUUCUCCAGUGUAGUUACUUAUAGUUACUGCCUUUGUAUAUGUGUAUUUAUAUUACUUAGAUGUUGGCCCAACAUUUAUUCUUCAGAAGUAGAAAGGUGGCAGGAAUAAAUCCUUCUGUUUUCUUGAGCCAAGGCUGGCUGUUAUUGCACUCGAGGCAGCCCUAUGCUGGAGCGUUGUGUUUUUACCCAAUAUUUGUUUUGGCUUUCUACAUCAAAUAACCCAGUACAAGUAGUUAAAUAAUCGUAUUUACAGCAAUGUACUUAAACAUGUCCAACAGUCUAAUGUCAGCAUAAAAUAAGUUUACCAUGACAGUAUGUAAGUUGUCUAAACUGGAAUUAGUGUAAAAACACUAUGCUUAAAAUUGUAUUUGCCAAGCAGUAAAUGUGAUUUGAAUAUAAUGAAUUUGAAUAAGGACGGCUUUGUCAAGUCGUCAUUGUUUCACAUAUCUUCAUUGGUUCGUGGUGUAGCCAUGAGCAAGUCAGCAGGCUGCUGCAAGAGAUUCCUGCACUAUGCUUUUGACUACGAAACACCAAAAACGCUGGUUAUUCCCAGCUUAGGUGUAGGAUUUGUGUUCAGGUUCACCCAAUUCUUGGUGGUGAUGUAUGUGGUUGGGUAUGUGUGUGUGGUGCAGAAGGCCUACCAGGAUACAGAUACUGUCAUCAGCACCGUCACCACGAAAGUGAAAGGUUUCGCUUUCACCAACACAUCUGACACGGAGCCUCGUUUUUGGGAUGUGGCUGAUUACAUUAUCCCUCCUCAGAGUGAUCAUUCAUUCUUUGUGCUGACGAAUAUGGUUGUGACCCCAAAACAAGUGCAGUCACAUUGUCCCGAGCUUCCAAGCCCAUCAACUACUUGUGUGGAUGACUGCAACUGUGUCGAGGGACGCAGUGAUCCCCGGGGCAACGGUAUACAGACGGGACUGUGUGAGAACUACUCCACCACUGCACGGACCUGUGAAGUGCUCUCAUGGUGCCCACUUGAAAUAGACACUAAGCUGCCUGAGCAUGCGCUGCUGGUUGCAGCAGAAAACUUCACCGUGUUGAUCAAAAACAGCAUUACGUACCCAAAGUUCAACUUUCACAGAAGAAACAUACUGCCUCAUGUGAACUCCUCAUACCUGAAGAGGUGUGAAUUCAGCCGUCUCACAGACCCACACUGUCCCAUAUUCAGACUCAAGCAUAUUGUCUCAGAGGCUGGGGAGGAUUUUCAAGACAUGGCUGUGAAGGGGGGUGUCCUUGGUAUUCUUAUUGACUGGAGCUGUGAUUUGGACUGGUGGGCAGGGGAGUGUUUACCUAAAUACAGCUUCCGGAGGCUGGACAACAAACAUCCUGUCAACAAUGUGGCCCCUGGUUACAACUUUAGAUUUGCUAAAUACUACAAGACAGCAGAUGGAGAGGAAACCAGAACGUUAAUCAAAGCUUACGGGAUCCGCUUCGACGUCAUUGUGUUUGGAACUGCAGGAAGAUUUUCCAUCGUCCCAACCAUAGUGAACUUGGGUGCAGCCUUGUCAUUCCUCAGUUUGGUGCCCGUGGUUGCUGACUGGUUUUUGGUGACUUGCUCAAGGAAACGAGAUCUUUACAGCAGACACAAAACAACACAUCUCACUGAAGAUGCAGACAGUGCAUCGGUGUCAAUGGGAACCACCUAUGGAACCCAGUAGCAGGAACAACAUUUUUCUACAGAGAAAUUGGAACCCUCAUGAAACGAGACAUUAAAACAUCAUUUGAAUAUUUCACUAAAACCAUUAAAAUGUGAUAAUAAAAAGAAGGAGGAUAAACAGUGAUCGAGGAAGAACUCUGGCUUUUA